AUGGCCACAACACCAGGGUUCCUCACUGACUGGCCAUGGAAGAAGCUCGGAAAUUUUAAGUAUGUAAUAUUGAGUCCAUGGGCAAUUCACACUAUUUAUCGAUUAGCGACGAAAGAGAAAAGCGAGAUAGACUAUCUCAACAUUCUGAUAAUACCAUUUCUGUUAUGGAGAGCACUCCACAACCAAGUAUGGAUUUCAUUUUCUCGACACAGAACUGCCAAAGGCAACAACAGGAUUGUGGAUAAGAGCAUUGAGUUUGAACAAGUUGAUAGAGAAACCAAUUGGGAUGAUCAGAUUCUACUGAAUGGAGUUCUGUUUUACUUUUUUAAUACUACACUGGAUGGAGCUUCGGGGCUGCCAAUUUGGAGGACGGAUGGUGUGAUUAUCACAGCAUUGUUACACAUGGGGCCGGUGGAGUAUUUGUAUUAUUGGCUGCACAGAGCAUUGCACCACCAUUAUCUCUACUCUCGAUACCAUUCACACCACCACUCCUCUAUUGUCACCGAGCCCAUUACAUCUGUUAUACAUCCAUUUGCCGAGCACAUAGCAUAUUUUUUGCUAUUCGCAAUUCCAUUGCUUACAACAGUGGUGAGUGGUACUGCCUCUGUGGGAUCUCUCUUUGGAUACAUUACCUACAUUGAUCUCAUGAACAAUAUGGGACACUGCAACUUUGAGCUCAUUCCUAAAUGGAUUUUUUCCAUCUUUCCUCCUCUCAAAUAUCUCAUGUAUACGCCCUCGUUUCAUUCUUUGCAUCAUACACAAUUCCGGACCAAUUACUCAUUGUUCAUGCCAAUCUAUGACUACAUUUAUGGCACCAUGGACAAGUCUACUGAUGAAUUGUAUGAGACUUCACUGAAAAGGAAGGAAGAUUUUCCUGAUGUGGUACAUUUAACACAUCUAACAACACCAGACUCAAUUUUUCACCUCCAAAUUGGAUUUGCUUCUUUUGCCUCUAAACCUCAGAACUCCAAAUGGUACAUGUGGUUGAUGUGGCCUGUAACAUGGUGGUCUGUCGUCUUAAAUCUCGUAAGUGGACGCUCGUUUAUCGUAGAGAGGAAUUCCUUGGAGAAACUCAGAUUGCAGUCAUGGGCAAUUCCAAGAUACAAUGUGCAGUAUCUUAUUAAAUGGCAAAAAGAAGUUAUCAAUGGAUUGAUUGAAGAAGCCAUACUCGAAGCAGAAGCACGAGGCGCCAAGGUGCUAAGUCUAGGUCUACUCAACCAGGAUGAGGAACUUAAUAGAAAUGGAGCAAUCUACAUAGAAAAGCACCCGCAGAUAAAUAUUAAGGUGGUAGAUGGAAGUAGCUUGGUUGUUGCUAUUGUCCUUAAAAGCAUUCCGAAAGGAACAACAGAAGUCCUCUUCAGAGGCAAGCUGUCCAAGGUUGCGUACUCCCUAGUUGUUGCUUUGUGCCAAAAGGGUAUCCAGGUGAGUACAUUGUACGAUAAUGAGUAUGAGGAGCUUAAACUAGCUGCAAAGUCUGAGAGUAAAGUGGUACUCUCAAAAAGCUGUACUCAGAAGAUAUGGCUAGUUGGAGAUGAGCUGACAGAAGAAGAACAAAUGAGGGCACCAAAAGGAACAUUGUUCAUCCCUUUCUCGAAGUUUCCUCCAAACAAAGCAAGGAAUGACGCCUUCUACCAGUAUACUCCAGCUAUGGUGGCUCCCCCAUCGCUCGAAAAUUUGCAUUCUUGUGAGAAUUGGUUGCCAAGAAAAGUUAUGAGUGCUUGGCGUGUAGCUGGGAUUGUGCAUGCCUUAGAAGGAUGGAACGUGCACGAGUGCGGGGACACCUUGUUCGACAUCGACAAAAUUUGGCAAGCCAGCCUUAAACAUGGAUUUCGACCUUUAAUGUUUUCGACAUAA